AUGCUAAAGUUUGUCGUGAUAGCAGCUCUCAUCCUAAUAUCCCAAGUUCCAGACGCCGAGGCUGACCUUGCGGGCUAUUACUUGGAUUUCUUCGGAUUGAGGACCACUUACAUACCCUACCUUAAUGACGACUUGGAGAAAAUUAAAGAACACAGAGAGCAGAAAGAAAAGGCUAGGGAAGGUCUAAGACAGCACUUCGAAAGGGAGAACCAAAGGAGACGAGGUGAACUAUAA